AGGCACGAUAAUUUAAAAACGUUCAGUUUGGCGGCGCGUCCAACAGCAAGCGGUUGUGGUCCAGCAGCAGACAGUAGUAGUUGAGCAGAGCAGAGUCAAGAACCCGGAGAAGCAGCCAUGUAUCACCUGAAGAGUUUGGCCCGCCAGGGCGCCAUCCGCCAGCAGGAGCUGACCACGCUGGCCAAGGCCCUGCCCACCGCCGUGAUGCACUCCCGCGGCUAUGCCUCCGAGCACCAGAUUCCGGACCGUCUAAAGGACGUGCCCACCGCCAAGGAUCCCCGUUUCUUCGACAUGGUCGAGUACUUCUUCCACCGCGGCUGCCAAAUCGCCGAGGAGAGCCUGGUCGAUGACAUGAAGGGCAAGCUGACCCGCGACGAGAAGAAGCAAAAGGUUAAGGGCAUCCUCAUGCUGAUGCAGCCCUGCGACCACAUCAUCGAGAUUGCCUUCCCCCUCCGCCGUGAUGCUGGCAACUACGAGAUGAUCACCGGCUACAGGGCCCAGCACAGCACCCACAAGACGCCCACCAAGGGAGGUAUUCGUUUCUCUUUGGACGUUUCCCGCGAUGAGGUCAAAGCCCUUUCCGCCCUGAUGACCUUCAAGUGCGCCUGUGUGGAUGUGCCAUUCGGCGGCGCCAAGGCCGGCCUGAAGAUCAACCCCAAGGAGUACUCCGAGCACGAGCUGGAGAAGAUCACUCGCCGCUUCACCCUGGAGUUGGCCAAGAAGGGCUUCAUUGGACCCGGUGUUGAUGUGCCCGCCCCCGACAUGGGAACCGGUGAGCGCGAGAUGUCCUGGAUCGCUGACACCUACGCCAAGACCAUCGGUCACCUGGACAUCAAUGCCCAUGCCUGUGUCACCGGCAAGCCCAUCAACCAGGGCGGUAUCCACGGACGUGUCUCGGCCACCGGACGCGGUGUCUUCCACGGCCUGGAGAACUUCAUCAACGAGGCCAACUACAUGAGCCAGAUUGGCACCACUCCCGGCUGGGGCGGCAAGACCUUCAUCGUCCAGGGCUUCGGCAACGUGGGCCUGCACACCACCCGCUACCUAACCCGCGCCGGAGCCACCUGCAUUGGCGUCAUCGAGCACGACGGCACUCUGUUCAACCCCGAGGGCAUUGACCCCAAGCUGCUGGAGGACUACAAGAACGAGCACGGCACCAUUGUCGGCUACCAGAACGCCAAGCCCUACGAGGGCGAGAACCUGAUGUUCGAGAAGUGCGACAUCUUCAUUCCAGCUGCUGUUGAGAAGGUCAUCACCAGCGAGAAUGCGCACAGAAUCCAAGCUAAGAUCAUUGCCGAGGCUGCCAACGGCCCCACCACCCCUGCUGCCGACAAGAUCCUGAUUGAUCGCAACAUCCUGGUCAUCCCCGAUCUGUACAUCAACGCCGGUGGUGUCACUGUCUCCUUCUUCGAGUGGCUGAAGAACCUCAACCACGUCUCGUACGGUCGCCUGACCUUCAAGUACGAGCGCGAGUCCAACUACCAUCUGCUCGCCUCAGUCCAACAGUCAAUUGAAAGAGUCAUUAUGGACGAAUCUGUACAAGAGUCCCUGGAGCGUCGUUUCGGCCGCGUGGGUGGCCGCAUCCCCGUGACCCCCUCCGAGUCGUUCCAGAAGCGCAUCUCCGGCGCCUCCGAGAAGGACAUCGUCCACUCUGGCCUGGACUACACCAUGGAGCGCUCGGCGCGCGCCAUCAUGAAGACGGCCAUGAAGUACAACCUGGGACUGGACCUCAGAACCGCUGCCUACGUCAACUCCAUCGAGAAGAUCUUCACCACAUACCGCGAUGCCGGCCUGGCCUUCUAAGCCUCAGCCUGAGUGCGCUGAUCAGCCCCCAGACUCUUAACUAGUUAAUUAAGCAAUCGAACUCAAGAGCAUACUAUUGCUAUUGCUCCUUGCACCGCCGUUUUAGAUGAAAAAGUCACAAAUCGAAACGUAAUUUAUAUCUACGGUAAAUUGGAGCUGGCCGGAAUUACUCUUUUUAAACUAAACAACAACAAAACAAAAAAAAAACAGACCCAACUUUCGCCCGUGUUUCGUAUUAAGUUGAAAAAGUUGCGAGCUUAUUAUUGUUGAUUUUCUGUAAUUUUUAAGUUCAUGAGCGUCAAACUGAAGCAAUUGCAUUUUCAAUUAUGUAUCGCAACGUCUCGUACUGUCAUGUCACGUUUAUCGUACGAUCGCUCCGUUGCCGUAACAUUAAAAUAAUCAAAUAUACACAAAACUAAACUCUAAAAA